AGGGUCCAACCAGACCUGAGGAUGAGGCAGUGCCACCCUGUCUACCUCUUUUCUUUCUUUCUUUUUUACCUUACCUGCAAUGCAAACUUGACUUGAGAUUCCAACUCCAUUCUGCACUGUGUUUCUCUGAAUCACAUUUGCUUUCGUUUUGUUUUGGGAGAUAGCAAAAAGAGAGAUGAAGUUUAUGAAGUUGGGUUCCAAGCCUGAUGCUCUUCAAGCUGAUGGAAACUCUAUAAGGUAUGUGUCAUCUGAAUUGGCUACAGAUGUUACUGUUACGGUUGGUGAUGUUACAUUUCACCUUCACAAGUUCCCUCUACUGUCGAAAAGCAACAAACUGCAAAAAUUGGUAUCAAAAGCUAAUGAAGAGAGCUCUGAUGAUAUUUACUUGGAUGAUUUUCCUGGAGGACCAAAGGCCUUUGAAAUAUGUGCAAAAUUCUGUUAUGGAAUGACUGUUACUCUUAAUGCUUACAAUGUUGUAGCUGCUCGUUGUGCAGCUGAGUAUCUUGAGAUGACUGAGGAUGUUGAUAGAAGAAACUUGGUUUUAAAGAUUGAGGUGUUUCUUAACUCAAGUAUCUUCCGCUGCUGGAAGGAUUCUAUCAUUGUUCUCCAAACUUCUAAAUCUCUUCUGCCAUGGUCUGAGGAUCUGAAGAUCAUUGGGAGAUGCAUAGACUCCAUAGCUUCUAAAACUAGUGUGGACCCAGCAUACAUCACUUGGUCUUACACUUACAAUAGGAAAUUAGCUGAACCUGAUAAAAUUGUUGAGGACAAGAUGACAUUUCUAGAGAAAAUUGAGUCUGUUCCUAAGGAUUGGUGGGUUGAAGACAUAUGUGAGCUGGACAUUGAUCUUUACAAACGAGUAAUGGUUGCUGUGAAAUCAAAGGGAAGAAUGGAUGGUCUUGUUAUUGGGGAGGCACUAAAAACCUAUGCCUUAAGAUGGAUACCUGAUUCUGUGGAUACAUUAGUUUCUGGUGCCAAUGCCUCAAGGACUAAAUCUGUGGUAGAAACAAUUGUCUGUCUAUUGCCAUAUGAUAAUGGCAUUGGUUGUUCGUGUAGUUUCUUACUGAAGCUAUUGAGAGUGGCCAUAUUAGUCUCUGCAAAUGAGUCAUCAACAAAAGAAUUGAUGAAGAGCAUCAGCCUUAAAUUGCAUGAAGCUUGUGUCAAAGAUUUAUUGAUUCCAGUAAGGUCUCCCCAGACUACUACAUAUGAUGUUCAUUUGGUACAAGGUCUUUUGAAUCAAUACAUGAAUGACAAAAAAGGAAGCUGUGGCAUGGAGGUUGUUGAGGAGAAACAUGGAGAAGAUGAAUAUACUUUAGCACGAAGGUCUUUAUUGAAUGUUGGCAAGUUGGUGGAUGGUUAUCUUGGAGAAAUUGCACAUGAUCCUAAUCUUGGCCUCUCUAGUUUUGCUGAUUUGGCACAAUCCAUUCCAGGUUUCGCUAGACCAGAUCAUGAUGGUCUAUACAGAGCUAUAGACAUCUACUUGAAGGAGCACCCAGAAUUGACAAAAGCCGAAAGGAAGAAACUAUGUGGACUGAUGGAUGUCAGAAAAUUGACUGCAGAUGCUUCCAUGCAUGCUGCACAGAAUGAAUACCUUCCCCUUCGAGUUGUAGUCCAAGUUCUCUUCUUUGAUCAGGUAAGGUCUUCUAUCAGCUUUCAAUCACUCGGCCACAAUAGCACGUAUGACCCUUCAAGCUCUCCAAUGAAUCGAGAUGAGGGGUGUAAGAAAAUGAUGGAAGAUAGCUGCCAACCCCUCAAUAACCAGAUGAGCCAUUUGAGGAUCAAGGAUGAAGAGUUGCAUAAAAAUGGGAAAUUAGGUAAGAAGAAUGGCAAAAACAGCAAAAGUGGCCUUCAGUUGCUGCCGUCAAGAUCAAGGAGAAUUUUUGACAAGUUAUGGAGUGUGAGAAAAGUACUAGGAGAGAAUAGGAGCUCGGACACUUCAGGGAGUUCUAGUAGCCCAACUUCUUUAGGCCAUGGUGACACCAAAUCAUGUAGCCUCUCUUUGAGACACCAGAGGCAUUCCAUCUCUUAGGAAGUUAGUAGAUUAUUUGGAAAGGUGACGGUGAUUCAAAUUGCUGUCUAUGUGUAAAGUGGUAGUAGGAUGUUACUUUCAUAUUUGCAAUGCAUGCCAGAAUGAGGAAAAAGGUUCAUUAACAUUGGAUUAAAA